AUUCUCUCCGUCCAAAUUGUAGUAUCUAUGAUCUACCAGCGUAUCGCUUUCGCUCAAGGUGGUCUGUACGUUUUGACUGCAUUAUUCGGUCUUGGGACAAUCUGCAGAUACACAUGCAUGAUUGCGUUUUUCUUGAUUGCUUGCAUCCUGUCGGCAUUUGGUAGUCUUGGAGCACUUGGAUAUUACUGCUAUCUAAUUUACUUUUUUGUGGUAUUGGGCUCUUUUGAGAACUGUCAAGAAGCUUGUUUGUAUAUCGUCGUUCCAGUGUGUGUGUUGGCUGUGCUUAGUGUCAUGGCCUUUAUCAGUGCUCUCAUUGGCUCUAUUUAUUGUUGCAGUGGUAUGGCCUCCUCCCCUCCGCCCUCUACAUUGAUGGUAACCCAGCCCCCUACUGUGUACGCCCAGCCCCCUCAAAAUCAACAGGCUUAUGCCUACUAA